AUGAUUAGGGCCAAUUUUAGGAAAUUUGCUGUUCAAAGUCGUAGACAGACUACUCAAGCUGCUUCCAAUGCAAUUUCUGAGAAUACUUUGUUUCCAAAUGCUGCGUUGCCUGCGAAAUACGUUUUGACUACUAUACGUUCUUUUCCCUCGCUGGAACCAAUAAGUUUUGCACCAAUUCCUUCAUCAGUUUUAAAUGCUCCUUUAAGAAGAGAUAUACUAUGGAGUGCAGUUGUGUAUGAGAAUGAUAAUAAAAGAGUGGGAUCAUCAAAUCCUCCUGGAAGAAGUGAAAAUGGUUAUUCUCGUAGAAAGUUAGCCCCACAAAAAGGUACAGGUAGGGCGAGAGUAGGUGAUGCUAAUUCUCCGACAAGACACAAUGGUGCAAGAGCAUUAGCUAGAUCUGCUCCCAAUGAUUAUACAACAAAACUAACGAAUAAACUGUACAAUCAAGCUAUUCUUAACGCACUAAGUCAUCAGUACAGAUCUAAUAAUUUAUUUGUAAUUGGAGGUGGAAACACUUUAGCAAGUACAAAUGAUUUGGAUUUAAAUGAAUUAGAAGUUACACAAUCCAAUUUAGACACCGACGAUUCUGAAAUAAUAUUUGAAAGAUUUCUAGAAGAAUAUAAGUUGAGAGGUAAAAAAUUACUUUUCAUAACAGAUUCACCAAGACCAAAUUUAAUGGCUGUCACUGAUAAAUAUAAAAAUCAAAUUGAUCUUGUCCAAAAAGAAUUCAUUGACGUAAAUGAUCUGUUAAGGGCAAAAAAAAUAUUCAUAGAUCUCAAGGCAUUGGAAUUUUUAUCCGUUACUCAUUCUCCUAAUUAA